AGGAAGAAGAGGUAGGAGGAAAAAAUUAUGAAAUAUAUAGAAAAAGAGAAGUGAUGGGAAAAAAAAGUGUUAAAGGAGGAAGGCUAAGGGAUAAGAGAGACGAGAGGGACGAGAGAGAUGAGAGGGACGAGAGGGACGAGAGGAACGAGAGGGGUGAGAGGGACGAGGUGGAAGAGAGGGACGAGGUGAAAAAUGCCAAUUCCGAAAUCGCUGAAAUUACCGGAGGAAAGGAAAGGAAAGAGGAAAGAGAAGAGAGAAUAUAUGAGGAAAUAGAUGAGGAAAUUGAAGAAAAGAGUCUAGAAGAAAAGGAAGAGAAUAACAACAACAAAAUCAUCGCGGGGGUCUGGUACGAAUAUCAAAGGGGGAAGAAAGGAAAAGAAAAAGCAGUAGAAUAUGAAGAAAAUAAUGCUGAAGAUGUAGAAACCACUAAUUUUCUAGAUGAA